UAAUGCCUCUAUUUUUUGUACCGGUCGAUUUCAAGCUUCGGCUGCAUUUAUUUCUCUAUUCGUUUGGCGCGAACCAAUUUUCUCAAUUUUAGUGAAGAAAUCAAUUGUAAUACAUGGCGGGCAUAUCAUCCCUCUCAGUGAGAGGCAUAAGAAGUUUUGGUCCAGAAGAUAAUGAUGAACAAAGGAUUGCUUUUGAUAAGCCGCUAACUUUGAUUCUCGGUCAAAAUGGUUGCGGAAAAACAACAAUUAUCGAGUGUUUGCGCUAUGCAAUUACCGGCCAGACACCGCCUGGCAGUCGGAAUGAGUGUUUUGUACAUGAUGCUAAAAUUAACAGAAGUACAGAAGUGUUGGGGCAAGUUAGGUUGAAGUUUGUGAAUGCUAAAGAUAAGCAACUGGAUGUAUCAAGAUCAAUGAAAGUGACAGCCCUUCCUAAGAAGAAGUCUACAUUUAAAACCCUCGACUCCUUCCUGUCCACGGUUGAUGAGCAGGGCAAGACUAAGGAUAUAUCUUCAAGAUGUGCGGAUUUAGACUUCAUGAUUUACGAAGAACUUGGAGUGUCCAAGGCUAUCAUAAACUCGGUGAUCCUAUGCCACCAAGAGGACUCGGGCUGGCCGCUGGAUGAGGGCAAGAAGGUGAAGGAGCGGUUCGACGAGAUCUUCGACGCGGACAAGUACAGCGACUGCUUCGACAAACUCAAGAAGAUGAGGAAGGAGUACACUUUGAGCAUCAAGAUGUUGACUCAAACUGUUCAGCAUUUAUCAGAGAAGAAGGAGGAACUAGACAAGAAGAAACUAGAAGUUGUGAACACCGAGUCCAAAAUAUCCGAGUCGGAGUUGAAGGUGGCCGAGCUCACCAACCAGAUGAACCCUAUCACCACCAAGAUAAACGCCAUAGUCACACUUCAAAAGAACCUAGUGCAGUUUGAGUCUAAAAAAGAAAAGAUCAAAACUAAAUUGGAACAUAACAAAACUCUAGAAGAAGAACUAACAAAGGCAAUCAAAACCAUGUUUGAGGGCACAACAGAGGAACUACAAGAAAAUAUUAAGAACUACGACGCGACGGCCAAGACUAAGAAGAAGGAGCUGGCGGACUCGCACAAGAAGGUCUUCACCUUCAACAAGGAGGAAGAGGCUAUGGCCAACGAAAUGUCUUCCAAUGAGGUGAAGUUCAACAAGCUGAUGCUGCUGGAGAGCCAGCAGCAGGAGCGCUUCGAGAAGCGGAACAAGCUCAUCGUCACCACCGCCAAGCUCGCUGACAUGGAGAUGGCAGAGAUCACAAACGACGAAGAAGCGGAAGCAGGCUCACAAACCAUGGCGGAUAAGCUGAAGACCCUUCAUACGGAGCUGAAGGCGUGCCGCGCCUCCGCCGACCAGGAGGAGAGGGCGCUGCAAGCCGCCGUCGACGAGAGCCGGGACGGCGUCACCCGCCACAAGCAGAAGAUCGUCGGCAAAGAGAGCGAGAUCCAGAAAGUGAACAAGGACGUGAUCCGCAAGAACAAGGAGAUCGCGGAGGUCAACGACACCAAGCUCAAGCUCGACGCGUUGGAGAAGAAGAUGAAUACUGCUGAGGAAGAGUACAAGAAGCAAGAGGCGGAACUCAACCCCGAGGAGACUCAGAAGCAGAUCGAGGCAGAUGAGAAGGUCUUGGAGGAACAUGAUAAGGAGUACCAGGAACUCACUGCUAAGGUAACAAAACUCCAGAAAGAGAGCGCCAAAAUGAAAGAGAAAGACAUCAUCGAGGAACAACUCAAGACCAAACAGAAGCAACUAGAAGUGCUCAAGAACAAGCAUCGUUCGGCCAUUGUGGAGUUACUGGGAGACAUGCCAGAGAAAGACUUUGCGUUGUCGGUUAAUAAGUUGGAGGUCGAGAACAAGACUGAAGUGGACGCCGCUAAGAAGAAGCUGAAGAGUAAGACUAUUGAGAUAACUCGACUAGAAGCGGACCGCAAGCACAUCCGCGAGGCGCUCACGGAGCGACGCGCCGAGUUGUCCACCGCCGAGGACAAGAUGUACCAGGCGUGCGGCACACAGACCUACCCGGCCACGCUGGACAAACUCAACAACGCCGUGGAGAAACUGCAGGAAGAACAAAACAUGCUGCAGUCGUCGCUGUUCAUAAUCGGAAAGUACAAGGAGCAGCUGCAGGAGAACAACAGCUGCCCGCUGUGCAGCCGCGGGUUUGAAGCUCAGAAUGAGGUGACCGAGCUACUCUCAGACCUCACAACAAAAGUAAUGAACGUCCCCUCAAAACUGGAGAAGGUCACAGAAGAACUCCAGAAGGCUUCAGCGGAGAAGGACCAUCUGCUCACGCUGAAGACGCUCAAUGAGAAGAUCACGCAACUGAAGGAGAAGGAUAUACCGGCGUUGGAGACCAGACUCGAGGAGGCUGAUAAGAAAAUCGCGGAGCUAACAGCAUCAGUAGAAGAGCUGACAGUCAGUAAAGCGGAGCCGGAGCGCAAGCUGGCCGCGGCCAAGCAGGUCUCCGGGCAGAUGCCGCUGUUGGACAAGUGCAUCAGCGAGGUGCACGCCGCUAGCAAGAGUUUCGAGUCCAUCCAAGCGCAAUGCGUCGACUUCGACACAACAACCAACCUCGACGAAGCCAUCUCCAAGCAAGAAGGUCUCCGUACCGAGAUCAGUGCCCUCCGAGCCCGGGUCAAGACCACGCAGACGCGGCUCAACCAGCACAACAAGAAGCUGCAGAAGAUGGCCGAGGCUAAGAAUAAGCUGAAGGAGCAGAUGCUUAAUAUGCAGAAGAAGGUGCAAGAGCUAGUUACACUACAAGAGACGCUCAAGCAACUGGAGGAAAACAAGGAGAAGUUCGCAGUAGAACUAAAAGAACUACAAGAAGGUAUCACGCCGCUCGACGCCGCACUCGCUGAGGCGCAGAAGGCUAAGAGCGAGGCUGUUAAUAGGAACAGGAGCCAAUUAGACAUAAAGAGAAGCUACAUCAACCUCGUGGAAGCGUCUUACGAGAAAGUGAAGACGGUUGUGAAAGAAAUCAAGAAGCACAUCGAACAGAAUGUCCCUCAAGAGAUGGAGAAAGUGAAAGAGGCGAAUGAAGCAAUUAAAGAGAAGAUGAAAGAGCUGGCUGCGACCAGGACUGAGGUUACGAAGAAGAUUGAUAUGCUGAAGGAUGAACUGGCUAAGCAAGAAAUCUACAAACGCGACCUAGAAGACAACCUCAAACUCCGCAACGCUCAAAAAGAAUGCGAGAACUGCGCCAAAGACCUCACGGAAGUCGAGGAGAAGCUCAGCGGAGUGGACGUGGAGAUGAUCAAGGAGAAGGAGCCGCUGAUACAGCAGCAGACGCAGCUCUUCAAGGAGAAGGCCGAGACGGAAGGACGGUUGAAGGAGCUUAAGGAAAACCUGAAACAUCUGAAGGUAGAGCUCCUGCGGUCACAGAACAAAAACAUAGAGACGAAAUACAAGGAGGCGUUCUACGACCUUGAAAUAAUGAAGGCGAUGGACAAAGAUAUUCGCGACUACUCUGUGGCGCUGGAGCGAUGCGUCAUGGAGUUCCACAGGGAGAAGAUGGAGAAUAUCAACCUUAUUAUCAGAGAAAUGUGGAGGAAAAUAUACAGAGGGAACGAUAUUGAUUACAUCGAAAUUAAAACCGAAAGCAGUAUGUCCUCCGACUCGGAUCGACGCAAAUAUGAUUACAGAGUGGUGCAGUGCAAGAGCGGCGUGGAGAUCGACAUGCGCGGGCGCUGCAGCGCGGGGCAGCGCGUGCUGGCGUGCCUCAUCAUCCGCCUGGCGCUGGCCGAGACCUUCAGCUCCAGAUUCGGCAUCCUAGCCCUCGACGAGCCCACGACAAACCUGGACGAUGAAAACAUCCGCAGUCUCUGUUCCGCACUCGGCGAGAUCGUGCAGGAGAGAAUGAGACAGAAGAACUUCAUGUUCAUCAUCAUCACUCACGACAAGGAGUUCAUCGAGAGUCUAGGAAAUAUUGAGAAGGUCUCCCACUAUUAUUAUAUCUCGAGAAAUGAUGACGGCAAGUCGAGAAUUAAGAAAGUAAAGUUUAUGUAAUUAAAUAAGUAAGAUAGUUUUAUAUGGUGUUUCGGACUUCAAGUGUUUCCUCAAGUAUUUCUGUCGAUGUUCAAAUAUUUUUGUACAUAAAGUUUCCGUUUAGGAAUCUUUUGUUUAUGGUAUGUGUAUCAUAUGCUAUAAAUAUUGCGUGACUAGUAGAUUGAAGAACAUAUUUUGCCACAUUAAAGAUGUUUAUGGAAGUAGAACGGGUGUCUAUUGGGCUCAUAAUCACUGGUUGUUUAAAUAUGGCAAGAUCUCAAUAUAGGAUGCAGUCAGUGAAGUCAUUGAAUGAAAGGCCGAAUGUAAAAGAAACUGAUUGUGAGCUUGAUAGGGCACAGCUGCGAACGUAAUAAUGGUCAACUUCCAAUAAGUCGUAAGGUCGUGCUGUAAAAUAAGAUAAAUAAGUCAUUCCUAAUAAUUUUGUCUUUAAUCUGCUAAUUCUGUAUGAAAAUUUCCUGUUCAGUGAUAAGGAUAAGGCUCGACUUUCUAUAUUUUGUUACUUUAAUUUCAAUUUAUAUAUCGAUAUAUAUUUUGAUUAUAAUUUUGGUCUUUAGAUUGAAUAAAGAAAACUUUUAAUAUUUUAUAA